CACAUACCCGUUACUAAACCAUUCUGCUACAGGCUUUGAGCUUCAGAGAGGAAACACCCGAGGAGAACAGACCCUCGAUCUACAGUUCAAUCACUGCAGCGGUUGACAAAAUGAAGAAGACGUGUGAAAGAGGACAGUCUCCGCUCUGAGUGUUGGCAUGUUGUAGCUUUUAUCACGCCAUGUUUGCCUGGGAAGAAGACGACCUACAAUUUGGGACAAAAUGAGCAGUAAAAAAGAGAAGGAGCAGAGGAGGAAACUGCAGCACUUCCUCAACGACCUGGCUCUGCUUGGAUCAUUGCAGGGCUUUAAAUACUUCCAGCCUUGGCUGAGAGGGAAAGAAGAGUUGCUGCUGACGGUUGUUAAUGAGGAUCUGGGUUGGCGUUCCCCAGGUUUUGCGGUAUCCAGAGCCUCCUCCUACACCUCCACCAGCAGCUGUAACAGCAGCGAUGUCUCCCCUAGCAGCAGCUCGCCAAGCAUAGAUAGCGGGGGCAGCUCGCCCAUACCUGGGGAGCCUGCUGGCCCUCGAAACACCCACCUACACACACACACCAAGGCACAGACGCACACCUCAAGGGCCCCCAACAGCGAGGAGCACCUACUUCCAGCCUCCCCUAGUGAGAGAGAGAUAGCAGUGCCAGAGGUGAACUGCACUCUCUUUCUCGUGGCUGGCUACGUCAAAUAUGGCCGCCCCUACGCCUGGAUACGCUCCAACCACGAGCGUCUGGUCAACAUCGGAGGCACUGACUCCAUGGUCAAGGACACGCCCAUGAAACUCAAGUCCAUUGCAGACUGGCAGACACGAGGUAUUCGUGUCUGGGAUGUGGUCAGUGAGCUGGUUUGUCUGUGCACAGUUCCCUCUCCCUCAAACCCUUUUGCCCUGGACAUGCGUUACAUCAAAAAUCUUCCCCUUCCUGAACGCUUUCUGGUCACAGGUGCUCUUUUAAACUUCCUAGAGAUGUAUGUGGUGUACGGAAACCGGGACGAGAUGCACUAUGACAAAGUGACUGAGGAGGUGAAGCCUCUGAGGCGUCUUCAUGUCCAGUCCUUGUUAGAGUUGCAGCAACAGAGAGAAAGCUCUGAAUUGGCAGGCAGCUGCCCCGCAGUGAAGGACUCCUCAGGAGAGGAGUAAAUAGACAUGUCUGUGCACUUUAACUGACUUUUUAUUGAAAAAAAUUACAGGAAAUUCAUUCAAAUGUGCUAAACUUCAGCUGGAAGACUGUUUCUUUUAGUUUUCAUGAUUUUUUGGGUGCUAUGGUGUGUCUUAUAUCGGAAUCAAAUAUUCAAAGUCAUUUAAGUCAUGUUUUAGAAGCUUUAAAGCAAAAUGUCCCUCAUAAAUACUGUGCAAACCUUUUCCUUACGCCACACUGUCUAUUACACCCUGUAUCUGCAUUGUUAGUACAGUUGGAAGGUAGUCACAUGCAUUUCAGUGUAUAAAAAUCUGAAAACAGCAGUAAAAUAACCCUGGGAAACAAGUCACAUGACUAAGAUCAAGCAUCCCAGGACCUCUCUGAAUGUCUUUGCCCUGCCACCCCUGAAUCGUUCAGUCCCGCUCUCCCACACACACACUUAAUGACAGGAAUU